AUGACUGUUACAUACAAACAACCUAUACGUAAGUCUAACCGCAUUAGAUCAUUAACUGCUAAAGCAUCAACUAACAAUUUCUCCUUUUUAGUACCUCAAAAGGAAUCCACAUCAGCUAUGCAAAACAAAAGAUCAAGUGACCAGGAUUCACAACCACAACCUACUACAAAGAGGAGAAAGAGAUCGUAUAUUGAAGAAGAAGAGGCAUUGCAUAAUAAAGAUAAGAUUGAUCCAGUUGAAAAAUUACUUUCCUUAACUAGUACAAACAAUGAUUUCUUACUAGAAAUAGAAUCAGAAGAUACUACAGAACCACAUAAACCACAACAACAACAGCAACUGACCCAACCACAGUCGCAUCCGCAUUAUGCAUAUGAGCUUAGUUCAGAGGAAGAAGAAGAAGAUGACGACGAGGAGGAGCUGGAUGAACAUAUCGGAAUAGCGUCGGUCAAUUUUACUGAGAUAUUGAAUGACAACAUAAGGAGAUAUUAUAGAACCAGACUACAGAAUCAAUAUAAGGAUUCGUUUGCAUUGUUGAAUAACAAAAGAGUUGAAGAUCUACAGCAACAACAGCCACAACAGCAACAGCAACAGCAACAGCAACAACAACAACAAUCACAACCACAACUACAACCACAAUCACAACAUGUACAGAGUAAUGAAACUACAUCUCCUUCUGUACCAUUCUUCAGAAGUGUCAACUUUGGAUCCCCAAAAAGGGAGUAUUCAGUUGAGGAUUAUCUUACUUAUGGUGAUGAAGAGGAUGAGGAAGAGGGUGGACAAUCACCAAAGUCUGUACCCACUACCACAACAGGUUCAGAAUCAUUAAGUACAUCCACCACUUCAUUAGCCAGUCUAAUGUCUCUUAGUGAAGACGAAGAAGAUCCUCAUUCACAAAUUGUCUCACCCAUUUCAUCUCCAUCUACCACCACAUCAUCCUUAUACACCCCAGAGAAUAAUAAAGCUACUACCAAUGGCAUCACUACAAGCUCCAAUACCGUAUCAUCUACAUCAUCCAAUUGGCAAUUCAAACCAAAGAUUAACUUCAAUUAUUGGCGUUUACGUAACAAUCAAUACAACGACAACUAUAACAAUGGAUUUAGUUUCAAUGGUAGUGAUGAUGUAUCUAAUGCAUUGAAACAACACAGUUUAUAUACAGCUACUAGUGAAAUGGUUUCCACUGGUAACUUUAUGAUUAAUGAUUUUUACCUUUAG